CACCCCCAAACAUCCUAUUCUUUGUCAAAUAUCAAUGUAGCUAUAUUAACUUUUUUAUCAUCUAUUUUAGAUUGUAGACCUAACUGCAAGUUUGUUUCAACGGGUGUUUCCACUGCGUGUGUAAAAGUUCUGCGUGAUAUCGAUGAAGGCGAAGAAAUUACUUGUUACUAUGGCGAUAAUUUCUUUGGUGACAGUAAUUGCAAAUGUGAAUGUGUGUCGUGUGAGCGACGCGGUAAAGGAGCGUUCAGUUGUCCCGAUAACGAGUCAUCGGAAAAAAAAUACAGUUUUCGCGAUACGAGUAAACGACUGAAAAGGGAUCAUGGAAGGAUCUCAGAAUUUCUUGCCGACGGCGCCACAUGUUCAUAUGACUCGGGUGUUGAAUGCUAUGAAAAUCCUGCUGACAAGGAAGAUUUACCCAUCCUUACUACGACAAUAAACAAUAUCUCCGAAUCUGCUAAUGUCAAUGAUCAAUUAUCAUUUCACACAAAUUCGUGUUCUGAAUUACAGUUUCUUGGGGGAUUUAAGUCUAAGACUAAACGACGGACAGUCGUCAGCGCAAAGAAAAGGCGCAACAAUGUGAUUUUAAAGCGAAAACGUGGACGUCCUCUUAAAAACCCUUUGUUGCGCAGAGAAAUUAUGCUGAGCAAACAAGAAAAAAAAGACAAUAAAGAUUGCGCAGAUGCUGGUAAUUCUAAUGAUAUGGUAUCAAUGGAUAGGAUGGGUUCUGUUGGGUGCCUUCAGUCAGGCUUACAUGACGAAUUUGUCAUGUUAUCUAGGCAACAAAAUGAAGAUGAAAUUUCCCGUGAAUUUUCAAAUGACACAAACUUACAAGGAAAUAUGUUUACUCCAUGUGAUUUUGUUAUGAGAGAUGCUGAUAUAGUUGAGGAUAAUAAAACAAAUUAUUCAUCUACGGAAUCAGCGGAAAGAUCAUCACCUUUCAGGAUAAACUCUUUAGGAUAA